AUGGUCGAGGUGAUCCUUCUUUCCUCCAGUGCGCCACCCAGCCCAGUGAGGACCAGAGUUGGCGCUGGAUCCAGCAAAACUAGAAUAGCGCUACCCGAAAAGCUCGACCUUGAUCUUGACAAGUUCGACGAUGAUACCACCCUAGAUUUCAGUAUCGCUAGGCCUACCAAAAAAGCGCGCCUAAGCCCGGAAGUACGGUCAAAUUCGCGACUCAGACAGCCGAAAUCUGCCACUGAAAAUGUCCGUGGACUCGACUUCAACUUCUCUUCCGAUGACGAUCUGACAGACGUUCCGAGGGAGACGACUGCUGGGAACUCUCUGAAAAACUGUUGGAAGCCGAGUACCGACAUCGAGAUUUUAGACGAGAUCACCUACUCGUCCUCUGCACCAGAACUACUGUCAUCGACCAGGACAAGGCAAACUGGCGCUGAAACCACCACGAAGUUCGUGUUAGAGGACUUCUUCGAUGACGAUCUGGGAGAUUCAAGCAUUACCCCGCCACAACUGGAGCAUGACAGCAGACCAGCAGACCUUCUGCCUAACCUUACAAAAGGACCAAGUAAACGUCAGAAAAGAACCUCCGCGAACCCUGAACUAAACGAAAGAAGGAGCAAUGCGAGUAGAAAAGCCACUGCCAAGGAUGUGGACGAUAUUGAGUUUUCCAGCCCUGUGACCGCCAAGUCAUCGAAUUCAUCCAAGCUAUCGAAAGCCGAGAAGGCCACCAAAGCUAGUGAAAGAGCCGCGCAAAGGGCAGCUGCAAAGGCCGACAAAGAGGCAGCCAAGGAGAUUGAAAAGGCGAGAAAGGCACAAGAAAAGGAACAAAAGGGAAAGGAAAAGCGGAAGGCAGCAGACCUCGCGAAAGUCAACAAGUCACGAACCAACAAGAAAGAUGCGACGCCCGAAAUGAUCCUGGAUAUGUCGAGCCUCCUCAAGGAUACCAGUGUUGGCACCCAGGUCGAAAAGCGCAUGGAGAUUGCCCAGGUCGAGGUCAACUAUAUCAACGAGGAGAUCAGCCUGGCUGAUGACGGCGUUGAUCAAGAACACCACGGAAGCAUCGUUACGUGGCGACGCAAAGUAAAUUCGACGUACAACGACGAAGUGGACCAGUGGGAACCGACUUCCAGAUGUCGGGUUGUCAAGGAGAAGCAUGUUUUGAUUCACCUGUCGGCCAGAGACUUUGUCGCUGUGGCUGCCGUCGCACGGUCUGGCGCUGAGGGUUCUGUCAUGCGAACAGAGGAAGACCUGAAGGCCAACCUUGAUGCACAUGUCAAAUCCAUACGGCAGCGCUUCGGCGAUUGCAUUCCGGUCUAUCUCAUUGAAGGGCUGCGCAGCUGGCUAAAAAAGAACGUCAAUGCAAAGAAUCGAGCAUAUACUGCUGGUGUUCGUGCUCAGAUGUUGCAAGCCGAUGCCGAUGCGGAACCAGCUUCGUCACAAGCCAGAAGUCGAAAGCGUAAGAAGCCACUUUCGGACUCUUUGGAUCUCUCACAUGUCACAUCCGACAUCGUUGACGACCUGCUCCUACACCUUCAGUUGGUGCAUCAGCCGAUAUUGAUACAUCACUCGCCGACGCCCACGGAGUCGGCUUCUCAGAUAGCUGCCUUGACCCAACACCUUGCCGUCCGACCUUAUCGGGUGGCGCAGCUUGAAUACAACCUCAAGUCGGCAUCAUUUUGCAUGAACAGCGGUCAGGUCCGGACGGGAGACGACGCGAAGGAUACCUUUGUAAAGAUGCUCCAAGAGGUGCAGAGGGUAACUCCAAGUAUGGCGUAUGGGAUAGUUGAGGAGUUCAAGACGAUCAGAAAGCUCGUUAAAGGCUUCGACAAGCACGGCAAUCUGUUGCUUGAGAAUGUGCGCAAGACUGUGAACAAGGAUGGCGGGUGGAGUGACAAGAGACUUGGUCCUCAGGUCAGCAAAAGAUUGUUCAAGGUCUUCAUGGGCCGGGAUCCUGCUGCAACCGACGGCAUGUCCUGA